UAGUUGGUGUAUAAUUAUGAUUGAUCGAGGGAGAACCUGCGCGCUUUACCGUCUCUCCCUACGAUUAUUCGCAGAGCGGCGUUCACAUUGCGCGUUUUACUGGACGAAGUUUACGUGCGCUACGGUGCAUUGACAUCUCGCUAGCCAUCGGUUCGUAACGUUCGAUUGUCGCAGGGAACAAUGAAGCGCGUAAGCACCAUCAGUCUGCCGGUCGAAAUCGGCCUCCAUUUCAUCAGCAUGUGGCCGGAUUCGACUUAUGCGUCUCUUUUAAUGUAUAUGACGUUAAUAGUGACAGUGCAGUAUUAUCAGUACGCGUAUGUCGUUGCGCAUUUUGACUUGAACAAUAUCCCGCUUCUCAUGGACUGUCUCGGUCUUACCCUGGCGCAUUCUCUCUGCCUUCUCAAGCUCUCCACCUUAUGGUGGAACCGCCGGACAUUUUAUUAUAUUGUAAAAACGAUGGAUGAGGAUUGGAAAGAGCGCAAUGUCAAUGACUUUUACGCGUCUACGAUGGUGGGCAUGGCGAAUCUGUCGCGUCGUUGCUCCAUCGCGAUGAUCAGUUUCAAUGCUUUUGGUGCCUUUUUCUUUACAAUCGGUGAGCACAUGCUUCAUUCGUUGGUCGCUAACAAAGGUGAUCAUAAACCUCGAGUACUCCCUCUAAAAAUGCAAGUCCCUUUUGAUGUUAGCAAGUCUCCAAUUUUUGAGUACUUCUUACUUGGACAAUUUCUUUAUGAAGUGGUGCUGGCUUCUGUAGUUGCUAUGAUUAAUUCGUUACUCGUCUCAUUGAUACUUCAUGUAAGCGGUCAGAUUGAUAUUAUGCGACAAGAAAUAAAUGAAAUUUCUCAUGGCAAAUACGAUUCCAGUACAUUUUUAAUGGAUAUCAAAGGCCUCAUUUGCAAGCACCAGAAGAUUAUUACUCUAUCAAAAAAAAUCGAGAGCUUAUUUACUUAUAUUGCGUUAAUGCAACUCUUAUGGAAUACUUUAAUCAUCUGCUGCUCUGGCUUCAUGCUUAUACUUGGUCUCAGUAAUAAUAAAGAAGCAAUGGUUUUAAUAAAAACAGCAUUCCUUUAUUUUGCAAAAGCGUUAGAAGUCUUCGUGUUUUGCUACGCAGGAGAGUUCUUAAGCUACAAGAAUAAAUCGAUUUGCGACGCAGUAUAUGAGUCGCUUUGGUACAACUUGAUGCCAUCCAACUGUCGAGUUUUAUUGGUCAUAAUGAUAAGAUCGCAAAAGCAGUUGACAAUCACCGCGGGGAAAAUUCUUGAUCUCACUCUGGAUGGAUUUAUGAGUGUCAUGAAAGCUUCUGCGUCGUAUAUGUCAGUAAUACAUCCAUCGGUUCGUAACGUUCGAUUGUCGCAGGGAACAAUGAAGCGCGUAAGCACCAUCAGCCUCCCGAUCGAAAUCGGCCUCCGUUUCAUCGGCAUGUGGCCGGAUUCGGCUUACGCGACUCUCUAUUGGUUAAUUUAUAUGGCGACAAUGGUGAUAGUGCAGUAUUAUCAGUAUGCAUAUGUCGUUAGGCAUUUUGACUUGAGCGAUAUCCCGCUUCUCAUGGACUGUCUCGGUCUUACCCUGGCGUAUACUCUCGCCUUUCUCAAGCUCUUUGCCUUAUGGUGGAACCGCCGGACAUUUUAUUAUAUUGUAAAAGCGAUGGAUGAGGAUUGGAAAGAGUGCAAUGUCAAUGACUCUUACGCGUCUACGAUGGUGGGCAUGGCAGAUCUAUCGCGUCGUUGCUCCAACGUGAUGAUCAGUAUCAACGCAUUAGCUGCCUUUUUCCUUUCAAUCGGCGAGCACAUGCUUCAGUCGAUGGGCGAUGCUAAUAAAGUUGAUAAUAAUCCUCGAGAACUCCCUAUAAAAAUGGAAUUUCCUUUUGAUGUUAGCGAAUCUCCAAUUUUUGAGUGCUUCUUAAUUGGGCAAUUUCUUUAUGAACUGGUGCUCGCUUCUAUAGUUGGUAUGAUGAAUGCGUUACUCGUCUCAUUGAUACUUCAUGUAAGUGGACAGAUUGAUAUUAUGCGACAAGACAUAAAUGAAAUUUCUUAUGGCAAAUACGAUCCCAGCGCAUCUUUAAAUGUUAUCAAAGGCCUCAUUUGCAAGCACCAAAAGAUUAUUACUCUAUCAGAAAACAUCGAGAGCUUAUAUACUUAUAUUGCGUUAAUGCAACUCUUAUGGAAUACCUUGGUCAUCUGCUGCACUGGUUUUGUGAUUAUAAUCACUAUUGGUACCAACGAUAGUGGUACAACUUCGAUCAAAUCUGUGAGUUUUUAUAUGGCAAUUACUCUAGAAGUUUUCAUACUCUGCUUUGCCGGAGAAUUUUUGAGCGCCAAGAGUAGGUCAAUUAGCGAUGCGGUGUAUGAGUCACUUUGGUACGACAUGCCGCCGACAAAUAGCCGCAUUUUAUUGUUUGUAAUAUUAAGAUCGCAAAAACGACUGACGAUUACUGCCGGAAAAGUUGUUGAUUUGACUUUGGAAGGAUUUACAAGCGUAAGACAUUACAUUAUAAAUUAUAUUAUACGACAUGCUGGAUCAUCUAUUUUUUAGUUUGUACAACUUUUUAGAUUAUGAAGGCAUCAGCUUCUUAUGUAUCUGUAUUAAACGCGAUGUACUGAGUUCUAAGUAACAUUUGUCAAUUGCUAUAUAUACACUCACUGUUGCCUUAGCCGCAAUAAUUUUGUCAGGCAAUCGUUAUUUUUUAUCUAAAUAAAAUUACACAUGUUACAAAAGAAGGCAUAAGAUUACUUCGGUAUAAAUUAUCCUUUAUGAAUUAAAUGGAUAAUUAUUUUUAUAUGGUAACUAAUCUAUUUCUAUUUAACUUCUCUGUGAAAUAUUGAUUUUUUUGUUUUAAUUUUUUAUAUCUUAGUUAUUAAUAUACUGUCAAUUAAAAUAUUUCAGAUGUAAAGAGGAGGUGUACGAACAUAUACUUCAAUGAUUGAUCCAUGUUUGUAACAUAUGUAUGUUUAUAAAUCUUUUGUUCCAAAUAUCGCCGAUGCACCCACUAAAGUCUUGAUUUAUGUCUUUUCUUUUUCAUUUUAAUAUAAGUAUGUAAUUAUUAUUCAAGUAAUAUAUACUGUACUAUUAUA